AUGACUUUCUCUUCACCUUCGUUACGCUCGUUGUCUCCUUUUUCUACUCAAGUCUGCGAUGAAAGACCUGAACAGCACAAUGUCAACAAUGACAAUCGCCGCCGCUUCAACGGCAACAUGGCCACACAAUCGAACAGCUCCAGACUGCUUCUGAGCUCGAACCACAUAGCAACACAGAUGCGCGAGCCACUAUGCCCAUACGAGCCCGAGGACACGACACAACGCGCUCCAGCGCGAUGGCACAUGGGCGUGAGCGGCUCACCUCGCCCCCCAACCCCACCGCCAACACACCUCCCGCCGCUGCGCCGCCGCAGCGCACCACCCACCCCGUUCCCGCCCACCGACACGCGGCGCCACGGCAUGAUGCUCGCCCCACCACUAGACACAGACGAAGACCUGCCCUCCUACUCAGCGCGGGACAUGGCCUUGCGGCGCCACACCCACCCCAUGGCGGCCUCGGAGCUGCGUCUCGAGCCCCCUUGCGACGGCCUAGUCGCAGCCGCGGCGGACCCGCCGCCAGCAUACGCAGCGGCCGAUCCGUGCCUGUUUCCCGGUGCGGCGGGGCGGCGCCCGAGCCGCGUGGCGAGGGCGCUGCUGUGUCCGUUUGUGCCGGCGGGCGGGCUGCUGGAGGGCGCGGCGGGGUGGGCGGAUCGGUGGGCUGCUGGGGUGUGGGGGAGGGCGAGGGACGUGCCGCGGCGGAUUGAGGAUAAGCGGGCGAGGCGGAAGGUGCGGUGGCUGGAGGAGCGGGGGUGGGGUGGGGAUGGUAGUGGCAGGGAGCAGGCGGCGGGGCGUGUGCGAUGCAGUGAGGAUGCAGGGCGUGUGCGAUGCAGUGAGGAUGCGGGGCGUGUGCGAUGCAGUGAGGAUGCGGGGGUGUGCUAUGAGCAUUCUGCGUAG